AUGGUUAGCCCAGCCCUCAAGCGCAAAGCAGACAACUCCGCUUCUUCAGCAGCAGACAGCAAGAAACCCAAGGGCGGCAGCAUUACCUCGUUCUUCGGUGCACCCAAGCCAAAGCCUGCGGACACUCAAUCUGCGAAUGCUAGCUCUUCCCCCCGACCUACUUCCUUCAACAAGGAAAAAUGGGUGGCGUCUCUGAAACCGGAGCAGAAAGAAUUGCUGCAAUUGGAGAUCGAUACUCUAGACGAAAGCUGGCUCGCUCACCUGAAAGAUGAAAUCGUGACACCAGAAUUCCUGAACUUGAAACGCUUCUUGAAAAAGGAGAAGGAUUCUAAAGCUAAAGUCUUUCCCCCGGAGGAAGAUACCCCUACCACAACGACAACCAAGCCCACGGCCUCGCCUUCUCCGUCCGCCCACCAACCCGCGCCCCCCCCUCUUUGGCAAACAUCUACAAAGAAAUCAAAAAGGAAUAUCCCACCUCCUUCACCUUACCCCCCCAACAACGGCGGCCUCCUAAUCCCCUGGGCCGAGCGGGGCGUGUUGAUGCUAAACACAUGUCUAACCGUCCGCGCCCAUCAGGCCAACAGCCACUCGAAUAAAGGCUGGGAGCGAUUUACACAGCGUGCCAUUGAUCUCGUUGCCCGGGUACGCACGCACGGAGUUGUGUUUUUGGCAUGGGGGAAUCCGGCUGCGAUGCGUGUUGCGAAGAUUCAGAGGGAUAGGCAUUGUGUUUUGCUUUCUAAGCAUCCUAGUCCUUUGAGUGCGCAUGGUGGAUUUUUCGGUAACAAUCAUUUCAUCAAAUGUAAUGAGUGGCUCGCGUCGCGAUAUGGCGACGAUGAGAUUAUUGACUGGGCUUUGGUGCCGGGUACUUCUACUUCUACGAAAGAGGUUAAAGAGGAUGCCGCUACGCCUACUUCUGACAAGGAGAAUUCCUCGAGUUUGGCAAAUGCUUCACCCUCGGGGACGAAGGCGAAGGCGAAGAGCAAGGCCGAUGCUGAAAUCGAUGAGUUUGAUGACGAGGAUGCGUUGGAGGCUUUGGUUGAGGCGGAGAAGAAUUCUUCUCCUGGUGGGAAGGCUUGA